AUGGUCGAAACAAUCAAAAUCGAAACAACAACAAUACCUAUAACAACAACAAAAACAAAAACAACAACAACAACAAUACUCGCUCACCUCCUCAUCCUACCUCUUCUUUCUCUUCCUCUGACUAUUCUUCUCCUUCGCCGUCUUCUUCUCCACCUCCUUCCCGUCGCCAUCAGAAAUCUGCUUGCUGAGAAGAACCGCCUACACAAAGCCUACGUAGAUCACCCCACUGAUGCCACCAAAGCUGCCUUCUACCGCAGUCGCCGCCAACUUCAGCAACGACUGCGCGAGAUGCAGGACGUCUGGACUGCUCGCAAAGCUGAGGAGAUCCAAGGCUACGCGGACCGCAACGAAUGGAAGAACUUCUUCUCUGCGAUCAAAGCUGUCUACGGUCCGGCGACGAAGGGCACUGCUCCACUCCUCAGCGCCGACGGCAGCACUCUCCUGACUGAGAAGACACAAAUCCUACAGCGAUGGGCCGAGCAUUUCUGA